UACAGUUACACGGUGGCUUUAAUUUCAGGGUCUUGAUGUCGUGCUCUUGACCUUAAGUGAAAAGAGCACUGUUUGGGUUCAAAACAAGCCCUAUCAAGAUUAGUGAGAUCAGAUGGUGUUUAUAGCGCCUCAGAGCGUCACACCUUAUUUACUCGGUGUUCAGUGACGGGGAAGAGAAGUCAGCACCAGCACAGAUGUACUAUCCAGUGUGUACAUGGGGAGGCUGGGUUGAGAGAGAAGUCUAAUGGGAACUGAAAGACAGGGGAACGCAGAGGGCAGCCCAGGGUUCCAUGUGGUUCUGGGGAACGAGGCCUGUGACCUGGACUCCAUGGUGUCAGCUCUGGCCUACGCAUACUUCCUGUCCAAGACACUUGAUUCUGGGAAAGUUCCUCUUCCCGUUCUGAACAUUCCCCGGCAAGAGUUCCCGCUACGCACGGACAAUGCCUUCCUGCUGAGAGAGAGUGGCCUCUCCCAGGAUGACCUGGUGUUCCGGGACGAGGUGGACCUGGGGAGUCUACACCGGGCCGGCCGGCUGGACCUCACACUGGUGGACCACAAUGUGCUGCCCAGCUCUGACUGUGAUCUAGAAGAGGCGGUGUUGGAGGUGAUCGACCAUCACCUCCUGGAGAGGAAGCCCUCUCCCUCCUGUCCCGUUACCGUGGAGACGGUGGGCUCCUGCUCCACCCUGGUGGCAGAACGGAUCAUCCAGAAAGCCCCUGAAGUCCUCGACCAACAGGUGGCCCAGCUCUUAUAUGGCACCAUAGUGUUAGACUGUGUGAACAUGGCCCCAGAGGCAGGGAAAGUCACCCCUAAAGACAGCCAGUACGCUGGCCUCCUGGAGACGCACUUCCCCAACCUGCCACCAAGGGGCGUCCUCUUCCAGUCCUUGCAGAAUGCUAAAUUUGACGUGUCAGGUCUUACCACAGAACAGAUGCUUCUGAAAGACAUGAAGGUGGCAUCAGAAGGAGAUUUAAGACUGGCAGUCAGUGUGAUAUAUAUGACACUGGAGGCUUUUCUACAGAGACGAAGCUUACAGCAAGAGCUAUGUGAGUUCUGCCACAAGCACAGCUACAACCUGGUGGUGGCCAUGACGAUCUCCUUCAAUGAUAACAAGGAGCCCUUCAGGCAGCUGGCCGUCUACAGCUCCAGCACCCUCUACAGGGGGGAGAUGAGCCAAGCCUUGGAGCAAGCCCAGAGACCCAGUCUGAGCCUGAGUCCAAUGAGCAGCCCUUACUCAGACAUCAGGGCUUACCUCCAGGGCAACACGUUGGCCUCCAGGAAGAAGGUGCUGCCCAUCAUCAAGGACUUCCUGAGGGACAGGGAGCGAAGAGAGGUGCAUUGUGGGACCCUAGAGGAGAGUUACGAGGUACCACAGCAACGAGCGUACACUGAGGACGCUGGGAUAGAGGACUCCUACUUCCCCCCCACCCCUAUGAACAGUCUGGUGGAGGGCUGUCCCCUUGACAACGGACUGCCCAAGAUCAGCGCUGAAGCUCUGACGGAGAAGUUCAGCAAGAUGGCCAGCGAAGAGGAGAACGCAGGGGGACUCUGAUGUCACUCACACUCCUGGUGGUCAGCGGAGCACCCAAGCUCACUAACCUGUAUAACAGCUGGAUGGCCAGAGUUCUCGCAACAGGAUUCAGACCAGUCAGAACAGAUUGUUUGUGACUGUGCAGGGUGUUGAGCUCGGCACAACAUUGAUCCGCUGGAAUGAGGACUGGGAGGCACACUGUUCCCAAUCCAGAGGAAUAAACAAUCCACUGGCAAUCAUAUUGGAGAUGAUGGAUAUGCAUUGAAAAUAUUAGUGACACCCGUGCUUUACGUUAGUGACACCCGUGCUUUACGUUAGUGACACCCGUGCUUUACGUUAGUGACACCCGUGCUUUACGUUAGUGACACCCGUGCUUUACGUUAGUGACACCCGUGCUUUAUAUGGGGGGAGGGGGUUCCCGAGUGGCGUAGCGGUCCAAGGCACUGCAUCUCAGUGCUAGAGGCGUCACUACAUACCCUGGUUUGAUUCCUGGCUGUAUCACAACUGGUCGUGAUUGGGAGUCCCGUAGGGCGGCGCACAAUUGUCCCAACGUCGUCUGGGUUAAGGUUUGGUCGGGGUAGGCCGAUAUUGUAAUAAGAAUUUGUUCUUAACUGACUUGCCUAGUUAAAUAAAGGUUAAAUAAAAAAAUAUUAGUGACACCGAUGCUUUCAUCCUUGAAUGGGAAUAAUUUAAUUGGGAACUCUGUUAAUGGAAAAAUACUCCCAGUUGUUAUGUUUCCGGGAAAUAGAUUUUGCUGUCUCUCUCUUCUCCCCAAGAGUGUGUGUGCAGCCUAGACUAAUGUGUAUAUGAACAUUUUUGUGAUAGAUGCCUAAACCAAUAUGUGGCCCCACUUUAUUUGGAUAGUCCAGCUGUAGAACGAUCUGUUGAUAAGCAACUGCUUACUAAGCUUAGGGUAAGGGUUAAUAGUUAGUUGGGGAUAGGGUCAAAGUUAAGUUUAGGGUUUGGUUAAGGUUGGCGUUUAGUACAUAGUUAGUUGAAAUGUGAUAGUCUGUAGAGCAUCUACAAAUGGACUGUCCAAAUGAAGUGUUACUCUGCAUGAUAUGCAGUGUUGAUUUGACAUAAUUGAUAAGCAGUUUGACGUUGAAGUAAAGUGUUUGUGUUGAAUAGUUAUUGCUAGAGAUAGCUAGACAUUAUUCCUUGACGGUUUUAUUGAUAAUAAAUCAGUUCUGAAUGUUCUUCUGAUUCAAAACACCAUUAUAAUACUGAUUCUUCCCCAAAUGAAAGAUUUUGUAUACUGCAAAUGUAUGUAAACAAUUUAUUUAAGAAUUAUCUGAUUAUAUGCAAUUGUAUCGCACGAAGAUACAGUAACUUCCGUUGGAUUGUGUUAAAACACUUGGUACCAAUGAUAUUCCUGAUGUUAUUUAGAAUAUAAUACUUUGAUCUCUUAUCUGAAACUAGGACUCCUCAGAACCAAGGUACUUCCAGGCCUGAUGUAGUCUAGUUAAAUAACUAUUUAUUUCAUAAAAUGCUCUAAAACUGAUGAGAACAGUGUUUGAGAUGUAGCCAUAAUCUGCACUGAAAGGUAGAGUAGAUUUCAGUCAAGGUUAGACCAUUAGCAGAUGUUAUGUUAUGAAGGACAAUCAAGUGAAAAAUGUCAGUUUGACCUUUUUAAUAAUUUGGAAAUGUAAUGGUUUCACCUGAAAUGUUUGAAAAUGAUUUAAUAGUAUUAAAGUUUCUUAUCCUG